AUGGUUCGAAUGAACGUUUUGGCCGACGCUCUCAAGAACAUCUGCAACGCUGAAAAGCGAGGAAAGCGACAGGUUCUCAUCCGACCUGCCUCCAAGGUCAUCAUCAAGUUCCUCCAGGUCAUGAUGAAGCACGGCUACAUUGGUGAAUUCGAAGUUAUCGAUGACCACCGAGCUGGCAAGAUCGUUGUCGAGCUCAACGGCCGACUUAACAAGUGCGGUGUCAUCUCCCCUCGAUUCGACGUCGCUCUCAACAAGAUCGAUAACUGGACCAACAACCUUCUCCCAUCCCGACAGUUCGGUUACGUCGUCCUUACCACCUCUGAUGGUAUCAUCGAUCACGAGGAGGCCAAGAAGAAGCACACUGGUGGUAAAAUCCUCGGCUUCUUUUUCUAA